AUGGAUUUCUUCAAGUCCGUCUUCGCAGAUGAGCCUUCCUCCUCGUCGGAACCUUCUUCCCAUCCCGAAGACGAUCACAAAUACCGACACCAAAGCGACGCCGAUGAUUCCAACGACAGCAACAAUGCUUGGAGCUUUGGCGGUCUUAUCAAGACCUUGGCCACCAAAUCUGAGUCCGUGAUCCACAAUUACCGCCGCGAUCUCGAGGAGUUUGGCUCUGAGUUGAAGAAGGAGACCUCCGUCAUCCGUGAAGUGGCCUCACGCGCCGUCAAGGACCUCCCUACUUCAUUUGAAGUAGGCGCCUCUGUCGCUCAGGAGUCGCUCGAGUCGGUUGGCCAAGCCAUCGAUGACAUCGGCACUACUGUCUGGAAAUCUACGGCCGAGAUUAUCACCCACGGUAGGGAUACUCUUUUAGCCGUUGAUGCUGCUGAUGAUGAUGAUGUUGAUUCUGAUUAUGCCUCAGACAAUAAUCAACAACACAGAAAGAGCUUGGAUUCGAGACCUUACAGUAGGUUCGAAGCACAAGUGCGUUCAAUUCAGAGCAGCAUAGGUACUUACUUGGAGGAACCCGAGGAUUUGGAAAAUUAUGAGGAGUGGAAAUUGAGUAUUAUGUUAGAUGAAAAGAGGGAAGAGAUUGAUAAUUUGAUCAAUGAAAAUGGGGAUAUUGGCGUGAUUUAUCGGACUAUUGUUCCUGAAAAGAUUGAGAGCGAGAUCUUUUGGCUUAGGUACUUUUACAAGGUUCAUAAGUUGAAAGAAGUUGAGGAAGCCAGAGUAAAUCUCGUGAGGAGAGCGAUUUCAGGGGAAGAAGAGGAUUUGAGUUGGGAUUUUGAUGAUGAUGAAGAAGAAGAAGAAGAAGAAGGUGAACAAAAGGGCAAUUCGAGUGUGAAAAUGGCAGAUAAAGGAAAUGAUAAGGUCAUUAGUAGCAAUUCUACUAUUGCAAGUGGUAGUGACAGUGGUGAUAAUUCAGAGGAGGGUUUGAAAAAAGAUGAGAAAGUAGGAGGAGUUGAACUAGUGUCUGAGAGUAAGACUAGUGAUCAAAGCAGUGAUUCCUGCAAAGAAAGUGAUGUUUCAAUUGUGUCAAAACCUGAGGAAGAAGAAGAUAUUGGUUGGGAUGAGAUUGAAGAUAUUAGGAGCAACGAUGAGUUUAAACCAAUGGGGAGCUCCAGUAGGGUUGAUUUGCAGAAGCGGUUGUGUAAUGCGGCUGAGGAAGAUGAAGAUCUGAGUUGGGAUGUUGAAGAUGAUGAGGAUGAUGAUGAUGAACCCACAAAAUCUUGAUGAGUAUGGCAUCUUUAAAAGGUUGGAUCUUUCCUUUCCCCCUAGCCAUUAUAAUUCUUCAUUGAUAAUUCUCAAAUUUAGAUGAAAAAAGAUUAUAUAUGUUUAAUAUAUAUUUCUUUUACUUCAUUUUAGGUUUAGAAUAUUCUUGUUUCUUAUGUAAAUAUUUGGCUUUAAUACUCAAAAGCUUUUCUUUUUUGAUUUUUUCCCCUUUAUUCUUAUGAAUGAAUAAAAGUAUGCAUCGAUGAGAUUAAUGUUAA